AUGCCUUUAAACCGCACUUUGUCCAUGUCCUCGCUGCCAGGACUGGAGGAUUGGGAGGAUGAAUUCGACCUGGAGAACACAGUGCUCUUCGAGGUGGCCUGGGAGGUGGCCAACAAGGUGGGCGGCAUCUACACGGUGCUGCAGACGAAGGCGAAAGUGACAGGGGAUGAAUGGGGCGACAACUACUACCUGGUGGGACCGUACACGGAGCAGGGCGUGAGGACCCAGGUGGAGCUGCUCGAGCCCCCAACCCCGGCCCUGAAGAGGACGCUGGACUCCAUGAACGGCAAGGGCUGCAAGGUGUAUUUUGGACGCUGGCUGAUCGAGGGGGGCCCCCUGGUGGUGCUCCUGGACGUGGGGGCCUCAGCCUGGGCCCUGGAGCGCUGGAAGGGCGAGCUCUGGGACACCUGCAACAUCGGGGUGCCCUGGUACGACCGUGAGGCCAACGACGCCGUUCUUUUUGGCUUCCUCACCACCUGGUUCCUGGGUGAGUUCCUGGCCCAGAGCGAGGAGAAGCCACAUGUGGUCGCACACUUCCACGAGUGGUUGGCGGGCAUCGGCCUCUGCCUGUGCCGGGCCCGGCGGCUGCCUGUGGCUACCAUCUUCACCACGCACGCCACGCUGCUGGGACGCUACCUGUGUGCCGGAGCCGUAGACUUCUACAACAACCUGGAGAAUUUCAAUGUGGACAAGGAAGCAGGGGAGAGGCAAAUCUAUCACCGCUACUGCAUGGAGCGGGCAGCGGCCCACUGCGCUCACGUCUUUACCACCGUGUCCCAGAUUACCGCCAUCGAGGCUCAGCACCUGCUCAAGAGGAAACCAGAUAUCGUGACCCCCAAUGGACUGAAUGUGAAGAAGUUCUCUGCUAUGCAUGAGUUCCAGAACCUCCAUGCUCAGAGCAAGGCUCGAAUCCAGGAGUUUGUGCGGGGCCACUUUUAUGGGCACCUGGACUUCAACUUGGACAAGACCUUGUAUUUCUUUAUCGCCGGCCGCUACGAGUUCUCUAACAAGGGGGCCGAUGUCUUCCUAGAGGCCUUGGCCCGGCUCAACUAUCUGCUCAGAGUGAACGGCAGCGAGCAGACCGUGGUCGCCUUCUUCAUCAUGCCGGCUCGGACCAACAAUUUCAAUGUGGAAACCCUCAAAGGCCAAGCUGUGCGCAAGCAGCUUUGGGACACGGCCAACACGGUGAAGGAGAAGUUUGGAAGGAAGCUUUAUGAGUCCUUGCUGGUGGGGAGCCUCCCAGACAUGAACAAGAUGCUGGACAAGGAGGACUUCACUAUGAUGAAGAGAGCCAUCUUUGCCACGCAGCGACAAUCUUUCCCCCCUGUGUGCACCCACAAUAUGCUGGAUGACUCCUCAGAUCCUAUCCUGACCACCAUCCGCCGAAUUGGGCUCUUCAAUAGUAGUGCUGACAGGGUCAAGGUAAUUUUCCACCCGGAGUUCCUCUCCUCCACAAGCCCCCUGCUCCCCGUGGAUUAUGAGGAAUUUGUCCGUGGCUGCCACCUUGGGGUCUUCCCCUCCUACUAUGAGCCUUGGGGCUACACGCCGGCUGAGUGCACGGUUAUGGGCAUCCCCAGUAUCUCCACCAACCUCUCCGGCUUCGGCUGCUUCAUGGAGGAACACAUCGCAGACCCCUCAGCUUACGGCAUCUACAUUCUGGACCGGCGGUUCCGCAGCCUGGAUGAUUCCUGCUCGCAGCUCACCUCCUUCCUCUACAGCUUCUGCCAGCAGAGCCGGCGGCAGCGCAUCAUCCAGAGAAACCGCACGGAGCGCCUCUCAGACCUCCUAGACUGGAAAUACCUAGGCCGGUACUAUAUGUCUGCGCGCCACAUGGCCCUGGCCAAGGCCUUCCCAGAACACUUCACCUAUGAGCCCCACGAGGCUGACGCGACCCAGGGCUACCGCUACCCCCGGCCGGCCUCGGUGCCGCCGUCGCCCUCGCUGUCGCGACACUCAAGCCCUCACCAGAGCGAGGACGAGGAGGAGACCCGGGACGGGCCCCCGGAUGUAGACGGGGAGCGCUACGACGAGGAUGAGGAGGCCGCCAAGGACCGGCGCAACAUCCGCGCCCCGGAGUGGCCGCGCCGCGCCUCCUGCGCCUCUUCCACCAGCGGGAGCAAGCGCGGCUCGGUGGACACGGCGCCCUCCAGCUCGGUCAGCACUCCCAGCGAGCCCCUCAGCCCCGCCAGCUCCCUGGGCGAGGAGCGCAACUGAGUCCCACACUCCUCGACCGUCCGGCCUCCCUCGUCCAGAGGGUGGCUGCAGAACGGCACCGUUCCGAAACCCCACUCCACACCCCGCACCCUCCUUGGGGGUGCACAGCCCCGCCCCCACUGCCCUACACUCCGGCCCUUUAGCUCCACUCUGGGAAUCCCCGACACUCCGGAAUCACAACUGCUGUGCCUUUCCUGGGGGCCAGAAUGCAUAAUCUGUGCCCUGGAGCCCUCCAGGCCUGGCCUGGGCCUCCCCCACCUCCCGGGAGGGCCAGGGGUCUGCCAUUAUCCUGCCGAGAUGCCAGGGGGGAGCGGUAGGAAACCUGUUCUGUAGUCAGAACAGCAGCGGGAGGCUCCUGGAGCCCUUUGUGGCUUGCUGAUUUUCCAGCACAGAGAACAUGCCCGGGGGCCACCACGCUCUGGAAACCGCGUGGUACUCCUGCUAAUGGGGCAAUCAGGUCCACAGCUGGGGCGCUUUCAGGGACUUCACCAAAUCCAGAAAGUCCUCCAUUUCAACUCCAGAACUCGGGCUCCAGAACAGGGCACUCACGUGUUUACUCCCAUCUAGCCCUUCUUGGGGUGUCUGGCUCCACCCGAGGGUCCCUCCACCCCCUGCUCUCCGUUUUCUCUGUACUUUGGCAAAUGGGAGGUGGGGAUGGUACAGAACCACUUGGCUUCUCAUUCCUAUUGGAGAACCUGCAGUCUCCAUCUCGAUGCCUUUCUGGCCUUUUUUGAACCAGACCCUGUACUUCCUUCCCUGCGAGUCUGAACUCUCCCCCAAGUCUUGAGACUCCAGUGACUCCAGUACCCUCCAGGGGAUCCCCGUGCAGAGGACGGAACAAGCCAAUCUUCCCCUGCCACAGCCCCCAACCCCUAGGCCCACCGUAAAACCACUGGGUUCUAGGUCCCGGCUGUCGAAUCUGAAACCUCACCACUGUGCUGAUUUCCGGUCCCUUUCCCUGGUCUAGAAGUGAACCCUCUAGGUUCUAGACCUUUCAAUAUUUACCUCGAGGCUCUUCCAAUCCUUAAGCUGUGUCCUGCCCCCCAGCUUUGGUGAAAGGGAGGGGCCCUUCACGUGUGUUGUGCUGUGUCUGUUGCACUUGGUUUGCAGUUGGGAGGGGGAAGGCAGAAGAGGUGUGAAUGAUGUGUGUCCAGAAAUGAAAAAAAAUACAUCUAUAUUUAAGAAUCUGA